UGGGGGCGCGGAGCCGCGGGAGGAGGAAGGGGAAGGAGAAUCUGUGAGUCGCCGAGAGGCAGCGCAGCGGCUGCUGUGAGGAGUCCGCGUGCGGAGCUGCCGGCAGCCCGACCUCCGGGGCCGGAGCCUAGACUGGGACCCGGAGAGGCCGGAGCAGCGCCGGGAGCCUGAGGCCGGAGCCGAGGAGGAAUGUGACCUGGGGUCGGCGGGGGCGCGGGAGUACGCGAGCGCAGGGAUGGGGCAGCAGGUGGGCCGCGUCGGGGAGGCUCCGGGGCUUCAGCAGCCGCAGCCUCGCGGGAUCCGGGGCAGCAGUGCAGCCAGGCCCUCCGGCCGCAGGCGGGACCUGGCGGGGCGCACCACAGAGGCCGGCUUCAAUAUCUUCACCCAGCAUGAUCACUUUGCCAGCUGUGUGGAGGAUGGCUUUGAGGGAGACAAGACUGGAGGCAGUAGUCCAGAAGCCUUGCACCGCCCCUAUGGUUGUGAUGUUGAGCCCCAAGCGCUGAACGAAGCCAUCAGGUGGAGCUCCAAGGAGAACCUACUUGGAGCCACCGAGAGUGACCCUAAUCUCUUUGUUGCACUUUAUGAUUUUGUAGCAAGUGGUGAUAAUACACUCAGCAUCACUAAAGGUGAAAAGCUACGAGUCCUUGGUUACAACCAGAAUGGUGAGUGGAGUGAAGUUCGCUCUAAGAAUGGCCAAGGUUGGGUGCCAAGCAACUACAUCACCCCAGUGAACAGCUUGGAAAAACAUUCCUGGUACCACGGGCCCGUGUCGCGCAGCGCAGCGGAAUACCUCCUCAGCAGUCUGAUCAACGGCAGCUUCCUGGUGCGAGAGAGUGAGAGCAGCCCUGGGCAGCUGUCCAUCUCGCUCAGGUACGAGGGACGUGUGUAUCACUACAGGAUCAACACCACCACAGACGGCAAGGUGUACGUAACUGCUGAGAGCCGCUUUAGCACCCUCGCAGAGCUGGUCCACCACCACUCCACCGUGGCGGAUGGGCUGGUGACAACGCUACACUACCCAGCGCCCAAGUGUAAUAAGCCCACAGUCUAUGGCGUGUCCCCCAUCCAUGACAAAUGGGAAAUGGAACGAACAGAUAUUACCAUGAAGCACAAACUUGGGGGUGGACAGUAUGGAGAAGUUUAUGUUGGCGUCUGGAAGAAAUAUAGCCUUACGGUUGCUGUGAAAACAUUGAAGGAAGAUACCAUGGAGGUGGAGGAGUUCCUGAAAGAAGCCGCAGUGAUGAAGGAGAUCAAGCAUCCUAAUCUGGUGCAGCUCUUAGGUGUGUGUACUUUGGAGCCACCAUUUUACAUCGUGACUGAGUACAUGCCCUACGGCAACUUGCUUGAUUAUCUCCGAGAGUGCAACCGAGAAGAAGUGACUGCGGUCGUGCUGCUGUACAUGGCCACCCAGAUCUCUUCCGCAAUGGAGUAUCUGGAGAAGAAGAAUUUCAUCCACAGAGAUCUUGCAGCCCGUAACUGCCUCGUGGGAGAAAACCAUGUGGUAAAAGUGGCUGACUUUGGCUUGAGUAGACUGAUGACUGGAGACACCUAUACUGCUCAUGCUGGAGCCAAAUUCCCUAUUAAAUGGACAGCACCAGAGAGCCUGGCCUACAAUACCUUCUCAAUUAAAUCUGACGUUUGGGCUUUCGGGGUACUGCUGUGGGAAAUUGCUACGUAUGGAAUGUCACCAUAUCCAGGUAUCGACCUGUCUCAGGUCUAUGAUCUUCUGGAAAAAGGAUAUCGAAUGGAACAGCCUGAAGGAUGUCCCCCUAAGGUUUAUGAACUUAUGAGAGCAUGCUGGAAGUGGAGCCCUGCCGACAGGCCCUCUUUUGCUGAAACACAUCAAGCUUUCGAAACCAUGUUCCAUGACUCCAGCAUUUCUGAAGAGGUAGCUGAGGAGCUCGGGAGGGCCGCCUCCGCCUCGUCUGUGGUGCCGUACCUGCCCCGACUGCCUGUGCUUCCUUCCAAGACCCGGACGCUGAAGAAACAGGGGGAGAACAAGGAGAAUAUCGAAGGGCCACAGGAUGCCACAGAAAAUUCUGCAUCUAGUUCAGCACCAGGGUUCGUUAGAGGUGCACAGGCCCCCAGCGGGUCCCCAGCACUGCCUCGAAAACAAAGAGACAAGUCCCCCAGCAGCCUCUUGGAAGACGCCAAAGAGACUUGCUUCACCAGGGAUAGGAAGGGAGGCUUCUUCAGCUCCUUCAUGAAAAAGAGAAAUGCUCCCACACCCCCUAAACGCAGCAGCUCUUUCCGAGAAAUGGAGAAUCAACCCCACAAGAAAUAUGAACUCACGGGUAACUUCUCAUCUGUUGCUUCUCUACAGCAUGCUGAUGGGUUCUCUUUCACUCCUGCCCAGCAAGAGGCGAAUCUGGUGCCACCCAAGUGCUAUGGGGGGAGCUUUGCACAGAGGAACCUCUGUAAUGACGAUGGUGGCGGGGGCGGGGGCAGCGGCACUGCUGGGGGCGGGUGGUCUGGCAUCACAGGCUUCUUUACACCACGCUUAAUCAAAAAGACACUGGGCUUACGAGCGGGUAAACCCACAGCCAGUGAUGACACUUCCAAGCCUUUUCCAAGGUCAAACUCUACAUCUUCCAUGUCCUCAGGGCUUCCAGAGCAGGAUAGGAUGGCAAUGACCCUUCCCAGGAACUGCCAGAGGUCCAAACUCCAGCUGGAAAGGACAGUGUCCACCUCUUCUCAGCCAGAAGAGAAUGUGGACAGGGCCAAUGACAUGCUUCCAAAAAAAUCAGAGGAAGGUGCUGCUCCAAGCAGGGAGAGACCAAAAGCCAAACUUUUGCCUAGAGGAACCACAGCUCUUCCUCUCAGAACCCCCUCUGGGGAUCCAGCCAUUACAGAGAAGGACUCUCCGGGGGUGGGGGUGGCUGGAGUGGCAGCUGCCCCAAAGAGCAAGGAGAGGAAUGGCGGAGCACGACUCGGCAUGGCUGGGGUCCCCGAGGAUGGCGAGCAGACGGGCUGGUCUUCUCCCGCCAAGGCUGUCACAGCCCUCCCAACCACUCACAACCACAAAGUGCCGGUCCUUAUAUCACCCACUCUGAAGCACACUACAGCUGACGUGCAGCUCAUUGGCACAGACUCUCAGGGCAAUAAAUUCAAACUCUUAUCUGAGCAUCAGGUCACAUCCUCUGGAGACAAGGACCGACCCCGACGGGUAAAACCAAAGUGUGCCCCACCCCCACCGCCAGUGAUGAGACUACUGCAGCAUCCGUCCGUGUGCUCAGACCCCACGGAAGAGCCGCCCGCCGCCGCGGCAGGACAGCCCACAUCAGAGGCACAGGAAGGAGGGAAAAAGGCAGCUCUGGGGGCAGGGCCCGGCAGUGGGAAAGCUGGGAGGCCAGCGAUGCCUCCACCUCAAGUGCCUCUGCCCGCAUCUUCCGUCUCGCCGGCCAAGAUGGCUAAUGGCACAGCAGGUACUAAAGUGGCUCUGAGAAAAACCAAACAGGCGGCUGAGAAAAUCUCCGCAGACAAAAUCAGCAAGGAGGCCCUGCUGGAAUGUGCUGACCUACUGUCCAGUGCAAUCACGGAACCUGUGCCCAACAGCCAGCUGGUGGACACCGGACACCAGCUCCUCGACUACUGCUCAGGCUAUGUGGACUGCAUCCCUCAAACCCGCAACAAGUUCGCCUUCCGAGAGGCUGUGAGCAAACUGGAACUCAGCCUACAGGAGCUGCAGGUGUCCUCAGCAGCUGCUGGGGUGCCCGGGGCAAACCCUGUCCUUAAUAACUUACUGUCAUGUGUACAGGAGAUCAGCGAUGUGGUGCAGAGGUAGCCACUGUCAGCCUGGUGGGAAGGUGCUCACAUUUCUGAGGGGAGAGGGAGAGGGGCUUGUUUUCCUGUGUUCUUGUUUUCAAAAAAUGAAAGACUGAUACUUGAGUGUGUUUAUGUGAAGUACCUCAGUUCUCUGAGUUCUCACGUUUACAGGUUCAUCUCAAAAAUAACAAAAAGCAAAACACAUAGGCCAGGGAAGUUGGGUGGGGGCAGAGCAGCGGUGGACGGGAGCGGAAGCUGCACUGGCUGGAGCAUCAGGGACCGUGUGCGGGUCCCACCACGGAGAGGCAGAUGGCACGAGGUGGUCCCAUGGGGCUGCUCCCGGCAAGGCUGCGGGACCGCGCCCGCUCAGGGGACUGGCGGUGGCUCUCCUUCUGCACAUCACAGAAGGGAAUGGACUCGGGGCUGCAGAGGUACUAAUGGGGAUGACCAUGCUCCAGCUCCCCUAAGGACGCGGGUGGGACAGAAGGAAAAGCUGGGAGCGUACGUACCGCGAGAAGUUUCACUGAGGCUGUCGGAAGCAGCUGUUUCCACACAGUCACUGCUGCAGGAAUUGCUGCAGAGCUGGGCGCGGAGCGUGCUCCGGUCCUGUUGUGCACCGGUGCGUUAGUCGGUGCGGGAGGUCACAAAUGCUAGAACUAGUCCGAGAGAGACGUCCUCCUCACGGCCUUGCACCGGUGAGCCCAAGUCCCUUCUCCCAGUCCAGUGCGUUACUUCUUAGUGGACCAAGAUUGCCUUUCUGCCUGUUGGUGCCUGCCUGUAAACAGCAGGCCUGGGGGGCUCCUCAGUGGUUCUUCUCUGCUGGGCAGGCCGUAUUCCUUGAUCUCUGGCAGCAUUCAGGGCAUUAACCAGCGUUGAUUUUGAAAACAGCGGUCACGUACAGAUUCUCUUGGGAACCCUUUUCUGUUCCAGUGUCCCUGCACACCGACACUCCCACCACUGGAUCAAGCAGCUCUGUAUUCCUUCAUCAGCUCAAAUGCCAGGAGAGAGGCUUCUUCUUGGAGUGUAACGGCCAGGGCCAGAGGUCUGUGACUGAGAGGAGAGGCUGGCUUGGUCCCAGGAGCUGUUUCUCUGUACCUUUCUCCUCCCUUAUCACUUUAGAGUGAAGCUAGGUAGAGAGCAAUGAGAAACAUUCCCUCGCUCUCUGUGGACUUCAAGUGAGUUGCCCCACAUUACUCUCACAUGCUUCUCUCCUUUCACAUGGCCCCUCCCCUCAUUGUUGUGCUUGUUUAUAAAUAUCAUAUUGGGAAUAUUCUUUGAUACUUAUUUUAUGAUUUCACAUCUAUUUGAAGAAUGCAUAAUUGAAGGGGCAGGUUAUUCCCAGAAAACACUGAUUAAAUCCUAAAAAUAUAAUGACUUAACCCUCCAAUAUGUUUUGCCCUUAAAAUAAGCCUGUUCCUUCCCUGUUCAUUUAUAAUCAUGGAAGCUAAUUAGGAUCAUAUGGUUAGAGGUUCAUAUUCUUGAGAUCAGGUCUAAUUUUAAUUAACAUUUCCUUCUCUUUAUAGUUUUUUAUGACCACCCCCCCCACACACACACCCGCCCAAAGAGAAUAGAAUAACAUUUUUUUCCUCCCAUAGGAGUAUUAACCUAGGAAGAUAGGAAUUGAACACGGAUGAACUGUGAGUUCUCUGCCUGGCUCUGUGCUCUGUCCACUGUCAGGCUACAGCCCCAUCUCUCAGUCCCUUGAAUGAAGGUAAUGAUAGAUCUUUUCAAGGGUGUUUUGCAAAUAAGUAUAUAGCUAUCCCCUGAGAGCUGCUUCAGUGCAGAGUUGUUACGGUCAAUGGUCUUUCAUUCUCUUUGCUCAGUAGCAGAUAAUGGAAAUUUCGAACAGCUGAGAUCGUGCUAACUGUGCUAGAAUACUAAGGAGGAAAAACUGUUUUGGACAGUUUGUUGUCUUUGACCAGGAGGAAGUUUAGUUUUCAUUCGAAAGAAGGAAAGCUUUGAUUUUUUACUGUGGCCGCUCCCAAGGAGGCCCAGGCCACGAGAAGGGUGAGGAGAGAGGAGGCAGGCAGUCCCAGGCCUCCCUGCUGGGCUUGGGCCAGCCCCUUCCGUGUGUCCGCUGCAGGUGCGACACAGGCAACUGGUGGUCCGGCUCAUCUUCUUGUAGUGGCUGGACGAGAAGACAGGGUUCCCUGUGGCCUGGGUGGAGGCCCACGGUCCCCCCACCUUCUUCGUCUCCGCUCUUCUUCAUCAGUCUUUUCCAUAAACUUGAAAUUGUUUUAGCAAUUAGCCUUUUAAGGAUGGGGCAGGGAAAGCUAAAACUUUAGAAUAUUAUGCUGCUUUUUAAGUUUAUCCGUCAUCAUGGGAUGCAAGUUGAGGGAUUAAUUAUGUAGUUGUAUUUUCGGGGGAUUUUUAUUUUUUUUAUUUUUUUAAAGCAGGGGAUCUUUCCUUGAGAGCUCUGGAAAUAAGCCUUGGAGGAACACUACUGAGUGUAUGUAAGCUCCCUGGUUUCUCACCGCAGAACAGUCUUGAGGAUGGGGACUGUGUCUUUCUCAGGGGCAGCACCCGGCUCUGUCUUGCCUGCAGUCGGUGCUCAACAAGUGCAUGAAAUGGAUUGCUUUUUCCCACCACUGUCCGGAGUAGCAUUACCUGUCGUAGCACACGCCGGCCACGCGGUGCUGGGCCUGUGUGACUUCAGGAGUUGUGCGCUCAGGACUCAGGUUAAAGAGGCACUGUCAACUUACUGUAAAAGUAUAAUUUAGAUUUUUUCCUCUUUCUCAUUGAAAAGGACCAGAUUUUACAAAUAACCUUAUAUAAAUUUAAAAGUUUCAAUUCACAGCAGAGAAAACUGCUUCUAAAAACUAAAAACAUAGUCUAUCUAGUUUAAGAGCAAAGCAGGAGCAGGAGCCCUUCUACAAGGUGUUGGAAACUUUCUGAAGUUAUAUAUAUAUACAUAUACGUAUAUCUAUGUAUGUAUAUAUAUAUAUAUAUGCAUACCUUUGGGCUGUCACAGCUUGAGUCCUUUCACAUACAGAGAAUAUGAUUUCAGCUUAGAUUUCUUACAUUAAAAUGCAGUGUGUUGUGUAGAAUACAUCUUGAUUGUGCUUUACAUGAAGUAUUUUCUUAAAAGGCUUUGUGUGAAAUUAAAGUGUUUAUAUUUUCCUACAGACUUGCAUUAUGAAUUUCAGAGAUGUAGCCUUAAAAAAGAUUGGCCCUAAGAAACUCAUCCAGUGUUUUUCCAGAUGACUGCUAUACAUUGACGUCAUUAGAGGAGAGACCCUUUCCCAGCUCUGAUGUUGGGGUUUAAAUUAGAUUUUUCUUACAAUUCAGUUGAAAAUUGGCUAGUAAAAUAGUGCCCAGUUAAGAAAACAUGCUGACUUUGCUAAGGCACAGUCCAUGUUGAUUUAAAGUCAUGGAGCUUUUGAGUUUUAAAGGUUACAGUAUAGGUAAUGAUUAAGCGUUGAGACUCUAAGCCAGUCUAGAAGGCAAGUCAUUGAACCUUCCUGAGCCUUAGUUUCCACAUUGGAAAACGGAUAAUAAUAGUAACUACCUCAGGGUUGUUUGUAAGGAUUAAAUGAGAUAAUGUGUGUAAGAUAUUUAGCUUGAGUGCCUGGCACGUAACGAGCACUCCAUAAAUGUUAACUGCUAUUACUAUUAACACCUAGUCCAGUCGAGUCUUAGCCAGGGAUGUGUGGCAAAAUCCCUGGGAUUUAAAAACCCGUCUGAUGAGACCUCAGAUGAGAAUUCCCAGUGGGGUGAGGUCUCCGCAAAUAUGCUUUCCAAGAAUCCCUCCGUGUGUUUCAGACACCCAGCACUGCCUGAACACUAUCGGUACCCCGACCCCUUAUAGCCUAAGAAAUUGGAAGAGAGGAUGGUUAUGUUACUUGCCCAUUUCCUCAAUUAAUUAGUGGCAGAGCCUAGGCUAGGGUUCAGGUCUCUUUCUGGUUGUGGGGUCCUUCCACCAUUCCUGCUGCCUUGUGAGACACUGCAGAGGAAGUGGCUCAGCUAGACAAUCAGUCUGCACAGUGCUGCGCACACCCUAAAGCACACGCCCCUGGCGCAGUCCGGCCUUACGGGGCUUGAAUGUUGAGUAAUGGCGACGCUAGCAAAGCAGGCGUUCAGUGGAGCUCAGUAAUUUAAACGAAGAACGGUCUUUCUUUCGGUCAGACCUCAGCAACAGAGCAGCAGUCUGCACUUUGUAAUAAAGAAAUACCAACUUGCAUUUUCAAAAAACCUAGUCCUACAUUCCUUUUUCUUAAAACCAAAACGAAACAAUUUUAUUCCAUAUCAUUUUAAUGAUUAUGAGAUAAUGUAUAUGAAAGCACUUUGAGAAAAGUAUCAAAUGUAAUUUAAGGUUGUAUUAUUAAUGCCUGUUUAGAGGAUCAAACAGUCGAUUAGAUGCUGAUUGACUUAAUAGGAUUUUACCUGCGGGGGACCUGAAAAUGCCAAUAUAUAAAUAAUCAGCCCUAUAACUUAUCGCAUUUGUAAAUAUGAAACUACUAAAUGAAUUAUGUGCAGGUUUAGUGAGUGUUUUGGUAAAAUUGUAGCUCAGUGCCGAAUUUCAGAAAACUACGGACCAACUUUCUGGUUUAAUUCUAAUCAUUAAAAAGUAGUAAUGCAUACUCACUCCAGAACAAAGAACCUCUUCCAGGGACCUUGACUCAGGAAGAUUUGAGGCCCUCUUCUCUUUGAACACUUUUGUCCACUACAUGUUCAGCAAUCAUUUAGCAUCCUAAAUGUGUCAGGAGCAGACUCGUCACCUGUUGAUGUUGACAGUGUCCUUUUUAACCCGUGUCCAGCGUGGUUUUGUUGUUUUGGCGGGUGGGGAGAAGGGCAGGGAUCAGAUGGCCGUAGAACCGGUGCACUUUGGGAAUUAGUUUUCUAGGAUUUCCUGCCAGUUAGAAAUGAGCUUGAUAUUCAUCAUCUGUGUGUGGUUUUUCUUUUUCUUCCUAAAAUGAGUAAACAUUUUUACUCCUGCUAAAUCAUAAAAUACCCAAGAGGAAAUUGCAUUGGUGGCCACUUUUGAGUUAUAGGCACACUGCAUUCUGACCUCCCCUCCCUUCUAGUGUUUGCUACUGACAUCAUUGUUCCUGUCAGGCUAAGCCUCCACUGGUGGUUAUAUUGGGAGUUCACAUUGGGUUGAAAGGAUCGUCUACAUUUUUAUUCAUAAUUUUUGGGUUUCAUCAUCUUGUUUGGCAUUAACUUGUUUUACCUGGAUUUAGGGUCUAUCUUUGUGCCCUAAGCAUUUGUUUUCUUAAGUAGAUGAGUCUCUGGAUGUAAGUUUCUUACGAAUUAAUAGAGCCCAGCUGUCUGUAUCUCGGUCUCAGCUUCUGUCAAGCCAGUAGCUCAGUUCUUUUGUAAAUGUCUGCUUCGGUUUGGAAUGUGUGGGAGCAGGAGAGCUCCAAGGCAGCUGACACACCCUUCUGACAGGCAGAGGCGGCCCCACAGAUGCCCAUACCUUCUGCCUGACCACCCAGGAAACUGCUGCCUGCCACGGCCUCACUGGACAGACAGGAGAGGCCUUGGGCUGGUUCUAAGACUUGUCCCACUCUCAGCAGUCAGAAUUUAAGAAAGCACAUGCAACCCUUGCUUUUGGCAAGUGCCUGUGGUAACCAUUACUUGUUACACCUGCUCCGUUAAAACCGGAACAUCCCUACCAUUCCCCACCAUUCCCCGCCGUCCUGUAGUGCCAGGAAGCAUGGUCGGAUUUCAGGGCUGUGGAACGGGCCACCUGUGCAGAGCGUCUGCCCAGGUGACUCUCUUAGCUCCAGUCUCUCUUGUGUGAAGUUUACCGCAGUGUCCAAAAAGAGGAGUUUCUGUACUGGGGAUGCUGGUUUUCAUGCCACACCUGAGGUGUGGGUUUCAUCUUGAGGUAGCACAUGCAAGAUGAUACUGCCUUCAUUUCUGACUCAGCGCCCUAGAUCCAAAGGACAGGAAAUUGGGGAGGGCUCCACCCUGAGAUAAUCAGGGUGGGAAGAUCACACGCUUCUCCCUGGGUGAGAAGGCCCAGGCAGGUCAUCUUGAUUCUAGGCUGGCUUGGAGUGGUGGAGGUCACUCUGAGGAUGGUGCUUUCAAAGAUGGGUUGUGUGCAUUUUGCAGAAGAAAUACUUACAAGCGGGGUUGAUGUUGCACAAUUAGUGAACUAGAACUGGUAGGUGGGUAGUGGUGGCUCAAAGCCCUAGUCAGCGAGAGUCCCUGCUUGAGACGUUCUCUCCGUGCAGGGCGCUGAUGUGGCAGACUGCACUUUCUCCGUCCCACUUGGUGAGCUGGGGGAAGAGUGCUCUAACCGGACCCUUCCCACCCCCAAGUGCACUUCUUUGCUCCUGUGUACAGUUAUAAAUUUGAAAUUGUUUACUUCUCUUAGAAAAAUUACAUCCUUUAAUUUUCCCAUUGCUGGGUAAUCCAAACACAUUAGCAAGGCCCUGGUUAACAGCCCAAGGUCACAGAUGGUGUGUGAACAGAUCCAAGGGAAAGAGGGUGUCUCUUUUAAGUCACAAGUUCAAGCUCAACUUUGUUCUCAGACCACACGCCCAUAUAUCCUUCCGUUAUCUGUUCUUUGAAAUUGUUUGUUCAUCAUGUUACUCAUAGGAUCAAAUUUCUGGGUCUUACUCUAAGUUACUGAGCUGUACACACAGGCCUUGAGGUCCUUGGAGCAUUCAGUUAAUUCUUUAGGACAGGGUGGAGUUGAGGUGUCCAAUGCUAGCAGGUUUUAAUAAAGGAAAUAGACAGUAUCGUUGGAGCUUGCUUAGAGUUGCUUCUGAGCCUCCAGAUAAGAGUUCUAAACAUGUAAUUAAGCCAUUAAGUUCAACCAUCAACUUCAGUUGGAGAAUGGGACUUCUGAUUAAUAAAAUUUUCACAUUUAAGGAUGGUUUUCAUCGGCUGUAACACAACAGUAACACAGGUGUGCCAGAUAAGUUUAUUCUCGAGUUAAGAAGAUUCUGUAGGAUGCAGUAGUGUUUUAGUGCCAUCCCUGGUGAAUCCCAGAUACUGCUCUGCAGUACUUCUUCGGAAGUACCAUUCCACACGUUGAGAGUGGCAAGGGUGCCAGGAGACCGAGAUGUUUCUGGUAGAUGAAUGAAGGCCAGGUAAGCCAGCCUUCCUCCACUUUGACAAGCCAUUUUUCAUUGUGGCCACUGUUCUUGGGAUUGCGUUAUGAGAGAAGUUUUCUGAGAUCUUGAGAAAUCACUUUAGGGUGAUUGUCCUUCAGAGAAAUUAGUAUUCAGAAAUGAGAAAGGACAAUAAGUUUACUCAUCUUAGAGUUCUUUAGGGCAUAUGUUUGAAAACCGUCUUAUCUCGGGUCCAUACAGAGGGUAUGUGUUAUGUCCACACCCCGCUGUUGUCUAAGAAAGGGGAGUAGGUGAAAGAGGAGUUGCUCAGAUCUUUCCCUGUGGGGAACAGACAACAGUGCCCUGGUUUAGAGAGUUUGCCAUGAACAGGCCAACUGAGCUGUUUGCGCAUACUCAGAACCCCCCCACCCCCUGUCUCCUGGGUAGACCCCACACUUUUCCUUUUUGCAAUCUGAUUCUGUAGUGACUAUCAGUGGAGAAACCCAGUUUUAUACUGCUUGGCAAAACCAAGUUUGAGUAUUUCACGGUGGUUGACAGAACUUUGUCCUAAAAUAUGAUUCAGAGUUUUUAAAAUGUGUUUAACAUUUUAUACCAAAGGUCACGCCCUACAGGUGUAUGCGUGGUGGGUGCACAGAGAAAGAGGUCCGGAGGGCCUGGCACUGUGUGCGUUGCUAAGGGGACACAGUGAGACAAUAUGGGACUUGAAAACACAUCAAUCAUGGGUCACACUACCAGUGUUGUCGGGUAUUUGUUCUUGUAAUAUAUUUUCAGGUGUUUUGUUUUCUAAUUUAAUUAUCUCACCCUGUUGUCUGACUGUGAACUGCUAACAGUGUUAAACUUGAUGUAAAUAAAUGAGGCCCUUGAAAGGGGAAUGCUGUCUGCCUGUUGUCUCACAAGGCUUGCCAACUUGUGUUUUAUUUUAAAUAAAGGUUGCAAUAUUUUAUUGGCAAA